AACAGUGCAGAGACAUGAGUUCCCUUGCAAUCACCUACCAUUGCAAUCUUCUGACCAGGCCCAACCCCAAUUUUCGAAAUGCUAGAGUGGCAUUUCCCAGCCCCUCUCUCUCUCUCUCCCUCAAACCGGGUUUUCAAGGUCCUGGAGUACCCGGUUUCCAAGGUUUGCCUCCAAAUGCAAACCAAGCUCGUGACGGCAAUUCCAAAGCGAUUUGAUCCGAUCGCGAAUGGGUCAUCUGCCAAUCCUGAACUCGAGUCUGAUGAAGAGAAGUUUCCAAAUGCUGAAGAGGUAGAGGUCGAUGAAGAUUCGGUGGAUCCUCAAGUCGAGUCUGGUGAAGCUGAAGAGGAGGUUCCUAAUGCUGAAGAGGAGGUUCCUAAAGUGGUCGAUGAAGGGUUCUCGAAGGAUGGUCUGUCUGGUCAGCAGGAAGAGGAGGUUCCUAAAGUGGUCGAUGAAGGGCACAAAUAUCCGUCCAUUAUCCUCUGCCGGGGUUUAUUAAGAGAGGCAACGAUGGCAAGCCCGUUGGAUUGGGCAAACGCGCCCGAUAUCACAAAGGAUUUGAUUGCGACGAGUGCUAUAACACGUUUCCGAAUGCCACUGCUAAGCAGAGUCACAUUUGCCCCCGUCUCAUCUACUGAAGAUACUUAUGCAGAUUCAGUAGAGUGGGAGGAUGAAUACCUGACUAUUAGGAUGCAGUGACUUUCUUUAUGUGGAUACGAUGAACUCCAUACUUGCAUUUAUACGAGGAUGAACUACACGAGUAUAACUAAUUUGUAUAACUUUUAUGCGCGGUAAUUUUUUUUUUUGAUUGGCGGAUUUUUACUUGCAUCUUUGAUUGAUGUUUACAGAUUUACAGGAAAUAUUAUUAAAGCUUCUUUUAUUUUUC